AAUUGUGCCUCCGCCAAGGAACUAUGGAGACAAUUCUCGAGCAGCAGCGGCGGUACCAUGAGGAGAAGGAACGGCUCAUGGACGUGAUGGCUAAAGAGAUGCUCACUAAGAAGUCUACGCUCCGGGACCAGAUCAGUUCCGACCAUCGCACUCGCGCCAUGCAAGAUAGGUACAUGGAGGUCAGUGGGAACCUGAGGGAUUUGUAUGAUGACAAGGAAGGCUUACGAAAGGAGGAGCUCAAUGCUAUUUCAGGACCGAAUGAAUUUGCUGAAUUCUAUAAUAGACUCAAACAAAUAAAGGAAUUCCACCGGAAGCACCCGAAUGAGAUUUGUGUGCCAAUGUCAGUGGAAUUUGAGGAGCUCCUGAAAGCACGAGAGAAUCCAAGUGAAGAGGCACAGAACUUGGUGGAGUUCACAGAUGAAGAGGGAUAUGGCCGUUACCUUGAUCUCCAUGACUGCUACCUCAAGUAUAUUAAUCUGAAGGCAUCGGAGAAGCUGGAUUAUAUCACAUACCUGUCUAUCUUUGACAAGUUAUUUGACAUUCCUAAAGAAAGGAAGAAUGCAGAAUACAAGAGAUACCUUGAAAUGCUGCUUCAAUAUCUUCAGGAUUACACUGACAGAGUGAAGCCCCUCCAAGAUCAGAAUGAGCUUUUUGGGAAGAUACAGACUGAAUUUGAGAAAAAAUGGGAGAACGGCACCUUUCCUGGCUGGCCGAAAGAAACAAGCAGCGCCCUGACGCAUGCUGGCGCCCAUCUUGACCUGUCUGCAUUUUCCUCCUGGGAGGAGUUGGCCUCUCUGGGUCUAGACAGAUUGAAGUCUGCCCUCUUAGCUUUAGGACUGAAAUGCGGCGGCACCCUUGAAGAGCGAGCCCAGAGGUUAUUUAGCACCAAAGGGAAGUCCUUGGAAUCACUUGACACCUCCCUGUUUGCCAAAAACCCCAAAUCAAAGGGCACCAAGCGAGAUACUGAGAGGAACAAAGACAUUGCUUUCCUAGAAGCCCAGGUCUACGAAUAUGUCGAGAUUCUUGGGGAACAGCGACAGCUCACUCAUGAAAAUGUACAACGCAAGCGAGCCAGAACAGGAGACGAGUGAGAGGAGGAGGAGGAGGAGCAGAUCAGUGAGAAUGAAAGUGAAGAUGAGGAGAAUGAGAUCAUUUACAACCCCAAAAACCUGCCCCUGGGCUGGGAUGGCAAACCCAUCCCCUACUGGCUGUAUAAGCUGCAUGGCCUAAAUAUCAACUACAAUUGUGAGAUUUGUGGAAACUACACCUACCGAGGGCCUAAGGCCUUCCAGCGGCACUUCGCCGAAUGGCGUCAUGCUCAUGGCAUGAGGUGUUUGGGCAUUCCAAACACUGCUCACUUUGCUAAUGUGACACAGAUUGAAGAUGCUGUCUCUUUGUGGGCCAAGCUGAAACUGCAGAAGGCUUCAGAACAAUGGCAGCCUGACACUGAGGAAGAGUAUGAAGACUCCAGUGGGAAUGUUGUAAAUAAGAAAACAUAUGAGGAUCUGAAAAGACAAGGACUACUGUAGCGCUCAGGGAUGUAACUCAGUUUCUGAGCUUGAGGUCUUCCCUGAGGUCUGCAUUUUCUAUUUCUCCCAGCCAGAUGCUCUUAAAGACUCUUUGCUAUGUAGUCCCAUAGUCUGGCAUGCAUCUUGUAGAAACGAGGCAUGCUGGCAGAUUGCAGGGUUCAAAUGUGUUUUAUCUUUGUUUUAUAUUAAAAAAGAUUCUGUGGGAAA